AUGGACCACGACGAUAGUGUUGAGAGUGAUAAUGACGAUCCUAAACACAGUUUGGGCUUCACCAAGGAACUAAUCGAAGAGAUCCGAUCAACAAAAGCGAAUAAUCCAGGAAUGUUUGUUUCUGCCUGGCAGGAAGAUGAUCAAGGCAUUCGAGAAGUGGAUGCAGAGAAUAUA